UCACGGCUUUCGAUUUCCUCCUCCAGGGCUUCGCGGUGCACUUUGGAUGGAUUAUGACAGCAUUAUGGUGGUGGGAAGGGUAAAAAGGUGGAACACAGGCCACGGCGGCAGUCCUCAGCACGCUCAGAGUGUCUCCAUGUAGGCAAAGCCCCAGAGUCGGAUGUUACCGAUGACGCGACCCGCAAAUUUCUUCAUUAGCUUUUGCGCUAUCGUACGCAGAGGUCCGAUAUCCUGGCGUAUAUGUCGAUUAUGUUCGGAUCGUCAUCUCCUUCUUUCAAUACUCUGUUGCUCUUCUCAUAUUGCUUGUAGACACGUCCUUUCCUGUUUACAUCCUCAUUUUUUAUCAUAUUACUACUGUGGCUUGCUUGCUUUCACCUAGCAUGAGACUUUUUUCUCUGCAUAUGCUUUCGCAACAUGUU